AUGGGAAAAAGGAAACGUUCGUUCCGUCCGCCACCCACUUACGAGACAGGAAAUGAUAAGUUUGACAAUCAAGGUGGAAGGAUAAAAGCAAUCACCACAUGGGAUGAUAUAGAGCAUGAUUCGGAAGACGAAUUUUAUGCUGGAAGGGAUCAAAUUUCCCUAGAUACCUAUGAAUCCCACAAACGUGACGAAACAGAGUUAUCUGAAGAAGAAGCUGAUAGGAAGCAAAUUGAAAGUACUGAUUAUGAUAAUGACUUUGAUUUAAUAUCACUUGAUAGGGAAGUUUCAGUAAAAGAACGUCUAAAUUUAUCGCGAGAUGAUGUAAUUCAAACAAUACAAUCUGAAUCGCCUGAACUUAUUGAAUUAUUAAAUGAGUUCAAAGAAAAAUCCUCAAUACUUUGGAAUAAAGUUACACCUUUAUUGGAAAAAGCUAGACAAAAAAAUCUUACACAUAAUCCAGCCAUGAAGUUUAUAUCAAUAAAACAUCAAACAUUAGUUCACUAUUUAAUAAAUAUUUCUUUUUAUUUGGCUCUUAAGUCAUCAGGAACACAAAAUUUACGCAAGCAUCCAGUAAUAGAUGCUCUAGGAAAAUUGAGAAUGACUUGGGAUAAAUUAGAGAGGUUGGAACGUAACAUUGAAGGAAUUCUUGAAUGGAAUGAUUAUGAUAAAAAUAUGGCAGCUGAUCUCAAUGACGAAGAUCCAACUGAUCUCAAUAAUGAAGAAGAUCUAGAUGAUUUCUAUAAUAUGGUGAAAGAAGCCAAGAAAGCUACAAAAGAACAACGUAUGAAACAAUUUGAGAUGGAGCGUAGUAAAAAUAUGAUUGUUUAUGAGGACGAUAAUACUCUUCCCGAAGGUGCCAAACGCCAAAUUAACUAUCAGAUCCUCAAGAAUAAAGGACUCACACCUCAUCGUAAAAAAGAGCAACGUAAUCCACGUGUUAAACAUAGAAAUAAGUACGAAAAAGCAAAGAAGAAAAUCAAAAGCAUUAAACGUUUAUUUUCACAACAAGAAGGUUCUUAUGGUGGUGAGAAGACUGGUAUCAAGACUGGAUUGUCCAGGAGUAUUAAGUUAGAAUAA